UCCUCCUCACGUACUCUAUGAGGCCCUAUUCUAACUCUCGAGGCCCGUGCUGCUCGCAUCUUCUAGGCUCUGCGCAAUGAUUGCCCACCAUUCAUAUGCAAAAGCCCCCCGUCUGCUACAGUACACACGUCCUUUGAUAUUCCCCCCCUGUCUCCAAUUUUCCUCGCCACCAACUUCCCUUCUUGUUUGUUGUUGUUAUUAUUAUUAUUAUUAUUAUUAUGAUUUGGGCCUGCCUUUUUCUCCCCCUGCCAAGAAAGAUAUUUGUGCGGAAUUACAGUUCCUGGAAGUCGCAACGCACUAAACAGGGUGCAUGCGACCUUUUGCAGGAAUUCUCCUCAAAAGCUGACCAGCAGACUGCGAUUUUUUUCUAAUUUUAGUUCCUAGCUUGCGAAUUUGUGUGGUGUUUGUUGGAUGCUUGCAUGGAGGAGGUUUGGGCUGUUGAUUGUACAAGUUUCAUGUGUGUGACAUGAUUUUUUGUGACCUCAGAUGGGGAUGGUGACCAUGACUCGUCGGGCGUCCAAAUACUCAGGCACUACGAAGUUAUUUGAACUAAUUUCGUUUUGAUGUUUCGAAAAUACGCUGUCUGUUUGAAAAAACGAGAAAACCUGUAUGUAGGGUCCUUAGUUCAAGGUCCGAAGGUCUUGAGGAGUCACUCAGUGUACGUGGAAUGCUACCUCAAGUUGUUGCGUGGAGAUACUCUCGACUACACCUGGAACAACUUCUGCAAGACAAGGCGACUCCAUGUGCGUAGAUACUGUGGCGGAGUUUUCGGCGCUGUCUCCUCUGGAGAGCUACUAGCAUUGUGGCAUGAGUCUUGGUCGCUGGCAAAAGCGCACUGAAUUAUAUUUGAAGUCUAGGACUAUUUCGUUGGUCGCCGCGAAAAUUUUAAUUUGAAGCAGGGGAGCGUCCUUUUAGACUGGGGAUGGACGCUUACAUUUGCCCGCAUAAUUAUUAGUCCCAGCUGUGUUUCUCUGUGGCGAUUUGUAGGAUUGGAGCUGGCAAAUUACGAAACUAAUUUCUGACUAAGUUUGCAUGGUUGCGGAGCAUUGUUCGCGCUAGAUGCCUCUUUGCAAAUGGUGGAGUAAAGUUGACUCAUCACAAACUUUCACAUGUUCGACUUGAUGGAGAAGUAAAAUCCCGGUUUAAGUGGCUUCCAUCAGGUUUCGGCUCUGUGUGUUAACAACAUUGGAUUUCAUUGUGGAAAGGGAACUUGCAUUACGUUCUGCAAUCGCAAGUGGACGACCUCUUAGAUUUUGGGUCAAGCUCAGGCGACGGCAGCAAACACUGAUUACUCUCUGAUGUUGCCAAUCCACUUCCGAUGAUAACUUUGGGGUUCAUAGACCUAAGAUGGUUGUUGAAGCUUCUCGACAGUUGUGGUGCAUGGUUGAUAUUUUUCAGAAAGAACGCUGGUUGGAGUUAGGGUUGUAUCGGGAAAGGACAAUUUGAUGCCUGCUACUACUCUGAGAGAGGGAGAUGAAUCGUUGUGCAUCUCCGAUGUGAUCUCAAUUGGCUGCCGAGGAAUCGGGUCUAUUUUGAAGUUUGUAGUGGAUAACACAGUUCUAUAUGGCCACCACACCGUCUACAUGCAAACAAAUAAGCUUAACAGGAAUGGCGCUUGUAUUUGGUGGUCAAUCAACGAGAGGGCUUCUGUACCUUCAUGCUCGGAUUCCUCCUCACAUGGUGAUCCGAGGCGCUACAAUCGUCCACCUGCCUUUCUAUGGACCUGAAUCUGAUAUAAUUGAAUAAACCGAAUCAUAGUGCUGCCUUCUGUGGCACAGUUUCUUCGAUUUUCUUCUCAGGCAUACUUGUCGCGGAUUUAUUUCUAUUGUUGGUGCGCUAGUGACUGGCCCCAGAAUCAUUUGUGGCCUCAGUUUCACAGUUUCCGGCAAUUUUUAAGGAAAGCAAACCCUAACACUCGUCAGACUUUUUGAAAGGGAACAAGGAAACAGGAACAAUGACAGGUGGAGAGAGCAGCAGUACUGGCCAUGUUCUGAGACGGCAGAGUAGCGCAACUGUUUGCGCCGAAUUCAAUUAUCGUUUGGGGAAAACCAUGGGAUUUGGUGCCUUCAGCAAAGUCAAGUCUGCAACUCAUGUUCUCACUGGUCAGAAGGUUGCCAUCAAGAUCAUCAAUAAAGAGAAGAUGAAAGACAUGGAAGAUAAAGUAAGGAGAGAGCUGAAGAUUAUGCAGAUGGUUACGCACCCCCACAUUGUGCGCUUGUACGAGAUUAUUGAAACCCGUUCAGACAUAUACGUGGUCAUGGAAUAUGUUGAAUCUGGAGAUUUGUUUGACUUCAUCGUUCUUCAUGGCCGUCUGCAUGAAGAUGAUGCUCGUCAUUUUUUCCAGCAGAUAAUAGCAGGUGUGGAGUAUUGUCACAAGAACAAGGUUGUACAUAGAGACUUAAAGCCUGAAAAUCUGCUACUGCAUGCGAAGAGGCGAAGUGUGAAGAUUGCGGAUUUUGGGUUAAGUAAUAUUAUGCGUGAUGGUCAUUUUCUGAGAACAAGCUGUGGAAGCCCCAAUUACGCUGCUCCAGAAGUAAUUCAACGCAAGUAUUAUGCAGGCCCUGAAGUUGACGUCUGGAGUUGCGGUGUGAUAUUGUACGCUAUGUUGUGUGGAAUUUUGCCAUUCGAUGACGAAAAUAUCACUAGUUUGUAUCAGAAAAUUACGGAUGGUAUUUAUACGCUACCAAGCCAUUUAUCCUCCCAAGCAAGGGAUCUCAUCACUAAGAUCUUGAACACAGAUCCUCUUACUCGAAUCACCAUACCAGAAAUACGGUGUCAUCCCUGGUUUCAGUUGCAUCUUCCUCGCUAUCUUGCUUUGGGGACUCCACAUUAUAUUCAAAACUUGAAAUUCAUUGAUGAAGAUGUCUCGUCCUUAGUAGAAAAAAUUGGCUUCGACAAGAAAUGGCUGGUAGAUUGUCUUCAGAGGCAAGAACAAACCAAGGCAACGGUGACUUACUACCUAAUACUGGACAGUCAGCGAUCCCACAACCCAGAUGACUACCUUGAGACUGAAUAUGAAGAUCUGGAUGAGUCUGGUGAGGGAAGUGAAAGUGCGUCCAAGUCUGAUGCAUCCACCAUUGUGGAACCAGCUCAAGAUGUAGUUCACCUCAGUAGCAGCCUGAUGACACCAAUCGCGGCGUAUGCAGCGAGACCCUUGAUAAGCGUCUUGCAAAACGGGAGUUGGGCUGUUGGUCUCCAGUCUCAGGCCCAUCCCAGUGAGAUUAUGAUGGAAAUAUUGAAAACUUUGCAAGACUUGGAUAUAAACUGGAAAACCGUAGCGCCCUACUGCAUCAGGUGCAGAUGGGUGUCUCAUAUUUCCUCGCUUAUGGUUAAUAAAAGUCACGGGUCAUCAGUUAGUACCAGCCUGAGUGAGUCGCCAAUGACCCUGGGGUCGUUACCAACCAGUGAGAUCAGCCCAGUGACAGAUUCCAGUCCAUUGGAAGAUGCGGAAUUAGAGGAGCAUUUUGUAGUAAAAUUUCAGCUCCAGGGACGUCCAACUUUGGCGUUCAACUUUGGUGUUCUUAAACAGCGUAAUUGUCGUGGUGCUGUGAGCUUUACAAGACGAGAGAGAGGAAGUACUUGCUGGAUAUACAACGAAUAGAUGGCCCCACCUUUUUGUUUAUGGAUCUUUGCACUGCAUUUUUGGCAGAAAUUGGGGCAGUUUGAUUGUGCUAUCGGUCAGCACAUUCACUCAAGUCUUCAUUGCGGUUAUAUGGUCUUUCUGUUUCAGAAUUGGAUCUGACUGGUUUGUCCUACGCUUUGCCGCUCAUUCUUAUUUGUGUGUAUACCACCAUUGUAGCUCAUUGUCAUGUUAUUUGACCUGAUUCUUACAUCCAAUAAUUUUUUGCUGAACAGAUCUAUUUCCUGUUCAGUUUAGUUCGAUACUACUUAGUUCCAGUUUAUUUUUAUGCUGUGAUCAGAAUUGUGGCGCUUUCUGCCAUGAGCUGCGAGUAGGAAAGGAUCGUAGAGGUUGUGCAGUAGUGCAUUCUUAAAGUUAUGCCUUGAGGAGAUCGUGGGUCCUCAUUCAUCUAGACAGUAUCAACACUUUUUUUUCACAUGUAAAGCAAUGCUACGAGAGUGAGCACUCGUCUGCUAGACACCUUUGAUGAACUAAUCUUUUAUUUCUUGUAAAGCUAGAGCAUAUUUUGUAUUUGGAGUACGGAGUCUGUACACUAUUCUGUACCACUUUGAGUAGAUUACUAACACCAAAUCCGGUGUUUUCCUGCA